AUGUAAAAAAGACAAAUUUAGCAUAAGAAAACUCAUUUAAAAUUGGCAGUACAUCGAGAGAAAUUUUCUAAUGCUAAUUUUAGCAUUGAAGCUUUUCAACAUUACGGAAAAAAAAUUGAAUCGAGAAAUUUAUAAAAAUUAAAUAUAGUAAAAACGCUCGUUAUUCCUUUAAAUUAAUUAUAUAUUGUUGUGAUUGAAAGCUCAAGUGAUUGAUUUGACGCGAAUUUGAAUGAGAAUUAACGGAAUAGAGAUAUAUCAUUACUACAAAGCUUUGCUGAGACAAUGAGCAAGAAAAAGGACGAUAAAAGUGAUUCAGACAAUGAAUCAAUCAGCAGUAAAUCUAAUUCCUCAUCUGAAUCAGAUAGUGAUUCGAAUAGUGAUUCUAGUUCAAGUGAUAAUGAAACGUCGACGCUUAAUACAUCUCACGAAAAAUCAUUGUCAAAGUCAAUCAAUGAACAUGAAACGUCUAAAAGUGAAGUAAAUAAUACAUCGCCCGAGGGAACAGAUGAAGACACUAGAACCGGAGCAAUAAUUAGCAAUAAAAGCGCCAGUCAAUAUCACAAUGACAACUCCGAGGAAAGUGAGCAUAGAGGAGAAGAAUCAGAUGUUCUUAGUAAUCAGUCAGACAACCAGCAAUAUAGUUCGUCCAAAAGUAGCAUUGAUGAAGAAGACAUUGCAGCAGCUAAGCAGAGGGCAAGGAAAGAAGCUGCACGAAAGAGAUUAGCAGCUCAAAAGAAGACUACCAAAAAGCUAUCCAAAAGUACAUGGAAGGAUACAUCAGAGGAAGAAGAAGAGGAAAGCGACGAUGAUUCAGAAGAUUCAUUCGCUCGUCCAGUACGAAAACCAGCGCCUAAACGAUCAGCACCAAAGCCUAAACCGAAAAAACAUUCAGAUACAGACGAGAGUUUUCAAGAUGGAUCAAGAAAUUUUAAGAACAGAACAAUUUCUUCACGUCGUGGUAAGACUGUAAGUUAUAAGGAGGCUAGUGAAGAUGAACAAACAGAUUCUGAGGAUAUACUAGAUGUCAAUGAAGAAAGUUUACAAGUUGAACCAGAUGAUAAUACAGAAACAAUUGAAAGAAUUGUUGGUAAACGAAUAGGGAAGAAAGGUAUUACAGGAAAUGAAACUACAAUGUAUGCAGUUGAAGAAAAAGGUGAUCCAAAUGUGGGCGUAGAUAUAACUGACAAGUCGUCAACGGAGGAACAAUAUCUCAUUAAGUGGAAAGGAUGGUCUUACAUACACAAUACUUGGGAAUCUGAAGAAUCUCUGCAAAAACAAAAGGUGAAAGGUCUCAAAAAACUUGAGAAUUUUAUUAAGCGAGAUAAUGAAAUUGAACUGUGGAAAAAGAGAUCAGCUAAUCCAGAAGAUAUUGAUUAUUACGAAUGUCAGCUUGAGCUGCAUCAAGAACUCUUAAAAAGUUACAGUUUUAUAGAACGAAUUGUUGGACAACAAGAAAAGCCAGACGGAUCAAUAGAUUAUUUAUGUAAAUGGGAAUCUUUACCCUAUGCUGAUGCUACAUGGGAAGAUUCAAAGCUUGUACAACGAAAAUGGCAGACUAAAAUUGAUGAAUUUCUAAUUCGUGAAUCAUCUAAAGCUACACCUUCAACACAUUGCUCCUUGCUACGUCGUAGACCGAAAUUUAUUAAGGUAGAGGAACAGCCAGAAUAUAUGGGCAUCGAUAGAGGACUAGUUUUAAGAGAUUAUCAAAUGCAAGGCUUAAAUUGGCUCAAUUUGAGUUGGUGUAAAGAAAAUUCUGUAAUAUUGGCAGAUGAGAUGGGAUUAGGAAAAACAAUUCAAACAAUUUGCUUCUUAUAUUAUCUAUAUAAAACUCAUCAAUUGUAUGGUCCAUUUAUGGUUCUUGUUCCGUUAUCAACAAUGACUGCCUGGCAGCGUGAAUUUCAAAUCUGGGCACCAGAGAUGAAUGUUGUUACUUAUAUCGGUGAUGUACAAAGUCGAGAAAUCAUUCGACAGUAUGACUGGUGUUUUCCUAACACAAAUAAGCUUAAAUUCAAUACAAUUUUGACGACAUAUGAAAUUUUACUCAAAGACAAAAUACUUUUGGGAUCAAUUAAUUGGGCAGCAUUACUGGUUGAUGAAGCUCAUCGACUCAAAAACGAUGAUUCCUUGCUGUAUAAAUCUCUCAAAGAAUUCAACACAAAUCAUCGCUUACUCAUUACUGGAACACCACUACAAAAUAGCUUAAAAGAAUUGUGGGCACUUUUACACUUUAUUAUGCCAAACAAAUUUAUUUCCUGGGAGGAUUUUGAGAGAGUUCAUGGUAAUGCUAUGGAAAAAGGCUAUACAAAGUUGCACAAAGAGCUUGAGCCUUAUAUUUUGAGACGUGUGAAAAAAGACGUUGAAAAAAGUCUUCCUGCAAAAGUGGAGCAAAUUCUUCGAGUAGAAAUGACAACUAUACAAAAGCAAUACUACAAAUGGAUAUUAACCAAAAAUUUUGAAGCAUUACUAAAAGGUCGUAAAGGUUCAUCUUCAUCGUUUUUGAAUAUAGUAAUAGAAUUGAAGAAAUGCUGCAAUCAUGCGAUGCUCAUUAAGCCGAUUGAUGAUGAACUGCCGCCAAUGUCUCAGGAAGAAACGCUCAAGGAAAUGUUGAAAGGAAGUGGAAAACUCGUACUUUUAGAUAAAUUACUUGUUCGACUCAAAGAAACAGGCCAUCGAGUUUUAAUCUUUUCACAAAUGGUUCGAAUGUUGGACAUUUUAGCAGAAUAUCUUCAAAAAAGACACUUUUCAUUUCAACGUUUAGACGGUUCAAUUAAGGGAGAGAUUAGAAAGCAAGCCUUAGAUCAUUAUAAUGCUGAAGGAUCACAAGAUUUUUGUUUUCUUCUAAGUACUCGAGCAGGUGGUUUAGGUAUUAAUUUAGCAACAGCAGAUACAGUAAUAAUUUUUGAUAGCGAUUGGAAUCCUCAAAAUGAUUUACAAGCACAAGCGAGAGCACAUAGAAUUGGACAGAAGAAUCAAGUCAAUAUUUAUCGUUUAGUAACAGCACGUAGUGUUGAAGAAGAGAUUGUUGAGAGAGCUAAACAGAAAAUGGUGCUUGAUCAUUUAGUUAUACAGAGAAUGGAUACGACAGGUAGAACUGUUUUGGAUAAGAAUGGCACAAAUGUAAAUGGCGCCAAUCCGUUUUCAAAGGAAGAACUUUCAGCAAUUCUAAAGUUUGGUGCUGAGGAGUUAUUUAAAGACGAGGAAGAGGGUGACGAGGAAUUAAAGUGCGAUAUUGAUGAGAUUUUAAGACGUGCUGAAACGCGCGAUGAACCUCCAAGUAUGGUCGGUGAUGAGCUGCUUAGUUCAUUUAAGGUUGCAAGUUUUGCAUUUGAUGAAGACAAAGUUGCUAUAUCUAGUCCAAAAAGGAAAGUCGUUGAGCAUGAAGAGGGAGAGGAAACAAAAGACUGGGACGAAAUUAUACCUGAAAACUUCCGUAGAAAAAUUGAACAAGAAGAACGAAACAAGGAGCUUGAAGAUCUCUAUUUACCGCCAAGACAGCGUAAACAAGUAUUACAAGAAGAGCAAGAGAAAUCUAAAAAAGCUAAAAAGCGAAAGAAAUCUGAUGAAAUAGAACAAUCAGAUGAUGGAAUGAGUGAUAAUAGUGAAGAUGGGCGUCCUAAAAAACGAGGUCGUCCACCGCUUAAAGAAAAAUUCUCAAAUUUUACAGAUAAUGAACUAAGACGUUUCAUUAAAAGUUAUAAAAAAUUUCCAGCACCUUUAAAGAGAUUAGAAGCCAUAGCAUGCGAUGCAGAGCUACAAGAAAAGCCAUUAAACGAAUUAAAGAAAGUAGCUGAAAUGCUGCACGAGCGAUGUAUCACAUUCCUUGAUGAACUUAAAGAUCAAGAACCUUCUUCGUCGACAAAUGAAAAGAAAAGAGGCGCUCGAGCUGGAUUUAGUGUAAAAUUCGGUGGCGUUUCAUUUAAUGCAAAAACUCUGCUGCAAUGUGAAGAAGAAUUAGCACCACUUGAUGAGAUUUUACCUAAUACAGCAGACGAGCGAUUAAAUUGGACACUCGAUAUUAAAACAAGACCAGCUAAUUUUGAUGUUGAUUGGAAUGGUGAUGAUGAUUCAAAACUAUUGUGUGGAAUUUAUCAAUAUGGAAUUGGUAGUUGGGAGGCAAUGAAAAUGGAUCCUUCUUUACACUUAGCGAACAAAAUAUUAUUGAAUGAUGAUAAGAAACCUCAAGGGAAGCAUUUACAAUCACGAGCUGAAUAUUUAUUAAAAAUUAUCAAGAAGAAUGUUGAGUUAAGACGUGGAAGUUUAAAACAACGUAAACAGCGAAAAGUCAAAGAAACGAAAAAACAUGAACAUCACCACCAUCAUCAUAAUGACGAGCAUUCGAGAAAAACUGACGAAGAGAAUACAAAGCAUUCAAUGUCUCAAGAAGAAACGAAUGGAAUUGAAAAGAAAAAGAAAAAGGAUCAUAAAGAAAGCAAAAAGAAGACAAAGAAGCAAGAUGCUAAUAAACCAAUGCAUUUUACAGCCAACAAUGAGCCUAGAGCUUUGGAUAUUUUAGGGGAUCUUGAUCCAAAUAUAUUUAAUGAGUGUAAAGAGAAAAUGAGACCUGUAAAGAAAGCUCUUAAAGCUCUCGAUAGUUCUCAUCAUCAUCAGCAUGGAACGAGUCACGAAGAGCGUCCAAGCCAUUGGCGUGAAUGUCUAGUAAAAAUUGGAAGUAGAAUUGAUGAAUGUCUUGAAGAAUACAAAGAUCCAGUUAAAAUAAAAGAAUGGAGAAGUAGCUUGUGGUAUUUUGUCUCUAAAUUUACCGAAGAUAGCGCAUCAAAACUUUUCAAAAUGUACAAAACGGAAAGAGCUAAAAUUAAUGGAACAACUGAAGAUUCACCAAUCAAGAAUCAUCAUGACAAAUCGGAGAAGAAAAACAGUCAUCAUCAUCAUCAUCAUCAUAGUAACGAUAUGCGCGAAUCUAAAAAUCAUAAGAAAGAAAAGAAAAAUAAGAAAGACCAUCAUCAUCACCAUCAAUUGAAAGACGAACGUGAUAAAAUCCACGAUAAAUAUUUAGGUCACGAUGUAAGCAAUAAUAGUAAUGACGACAUAAAUGACUCACACGGAAAGAGACGCUUAGAGCGAGAAGAGGGUGAAAUUGAUGAAAGUAAGGAACACAAGAGGAUAGCAAACGAUGCUAGAAAUCGAGAUAAGAAGUGGGAUGAUUAUCAUCGUAGAACAGCAGCAGGAGGUGUGAGUUCUACUUCUAGAGGAUUACCACCCAAUCCUACACAGCAACGAGUCUAUCCGGAAGGACGAUAUGAAGCUUACGGCAAUCAUCGUGAAAGAUAUCCAACCGAACAUAAAAGAGAAAGAUAUGAUGGAUAUAACAGACCAUAUCACCGAGAAAGAGACCAUAGAGAUCGUGACAUCAAAAGAAGUCGAGGCGAUUAUCAUCCCAUAAAUUAUCAUUAUCCAUCACACGGAUAUUAUGGUUCACCAGAAGAAGUACCACCAGGCUAUCGUGAAAGACAUCCUCAUUUACCUCCAAAUGACUACUACCCACCACCACCAGCAGAGUACGAUUCAAGACGAAGAGAAUAUGAUCGAAGAGCGCCCACGUAGUUUUAACAAAAAUUAACACACAAAGAUACAACAAAACAAAUUAUUUAUUAUUGCAUUUUUCUCAUCAAAUCUAUGUAACUAUUCUAAUUUUAUAAAAAACAGAAGAAGAUUCAGUCAUUCAAAAAAUAAAUCAAAUACAUUGUGAGUCUUAAUUUCUAUCGGUGAAUGGACGGUGAAAACUCUGAUAUGUUGUUUCCAUUAAGCCACAAAAUCUUCUGUAAUUUGUUCAGCAUAGGUAUUGUUCCAGGCGAUAGAUAAGACCAAAUCAGAUGUUAAGCCUAGGAAUUUUCAUUCUCUUAUUAUAAAUUUUAGUCAUAUUUUUGUAGUUUAAUGAAAUUUUCUUAUUUUUGCUAUUAAUGAAAAUAUUAAGAGUCUUUUUUUUAACAUAAUCAUUGACUAUGAAUAUAUUGUUUUUAGAAUAAUUUCUUAACAUUUAUUGUAAUAUGUGUAUCAUGAUGUCCAAUGUCCAUGGACUUUAAAGUUUCGUAAGCCUGAAAAAAUGAAUUAUGUAAAUAGUAGUUUCCCGAAUUAUUACUAUUUUAUUUAUUCCUACAUAAUUAUGAAAUGCUAGAAUUACUGCAUUAACUAUGAGAAGUUCUUUUACUGACUGAACAGUAUAAAACAUAGAGAAUAUAAUGAUAAAUUGUAUGAAUUUCUUUACUGCUAUGUAAAUUUAAAAAGGAAAUAAACAAGAAAG